AGUUUCACACUUGAAUUCAUUCACCAAAGUCAAUGUGCUCUCACAGCGACCAGCGAUAGCAUUGUCAUACAUAGUGCAUCGGAUUCCUGCAUUGGGCUCUACGAAAUACGAUCAUUUAUCAAGAUUAUUCUGUAUCGUCAACUGUAGCACACUCUUCACCGGUAGAAUACAUUUUUUUUUAUACUGCACAAAGUGAUGAGAAAAUGUGCAUGAGCUGAAAACACGACAAAUACCACAUUGAAAAUAUGGAUACAUUUCAAUAGCAAUUAAAAAUUGUUGCAAUAAAUACCAAGUGUUAAUUGUUAUGAAAACGGUAGUUGAGUGGUGAAACCAAUCGAACUUCAAAUAUUAUCAAUUAAAGACAUAUCAAUUGAUUAGCUACGUUCUAGUAUAUACAACGAAAUGACUGCAAUCAAAGAAGAGAAAUCCGAUGUAGGAUUAAAGCAAAAUAUAGGCCUUUUGGCCGCUGUAAAUAUUAUCAUCGGUGUUAUGAUCGGUUCGGGUAUCUUUGUAUCACCGACAGAGGCGUUGAAAUAUUCCGGCAGCAUUGGCUUGUGUCUUGUUGUCUGGGCGGUUUGUGGCAUAGUUUCACUCCUAGGUGCGUUGUGUUUUGCCGAACUAGGAACUGUUGUACCAAAAUCGGGUGCUGAGUAUGCUUAUUUGUUAGAAACAUUUGGUAAGCUGCAUAAAUUUUGGGGGCCUUUGCCCGCUUUCAUAUGCAACUGGGUUUAUGUGAUGGUCCUCAGACCGGCAGAAGUGGCAAUUCUAAUUCUCAUCUGCAUAACGUACAGCAUUGAACCAAUUCGACACAAUAUUGGAUUCGACAAUUUGGAUGAAGCGUAUAGACAACACUUUCAAAAAUUGCUGGCCAUUGUUGUAUUAUUUAUUGUCACCUACAUCAAUUUGCGGAGUGUUAAACUGUUCGUAAGGAUCAAUAAUUUUUGUAGCUUUGGAAAAGUGAUCGCGUGCAUAGUAGUUAUUUUGGGCGGAGUGUAUGAACUCUUCAAUGGGAAUACUAAAAACCUUAGCUCCGGUUUCGAAGGAACCACUACAAAUGCCGGCAAUAUUGCAUUAGCAUUUUAUAAUGGUUUAUGGGCAUACGACGGAUGGGUCAGUGUAACAUUAGUUACAGAGGAAAUAAAAAGACCAGAAAUAAACAUUCCACGUUCGAUUCUAAUUUCAGUGCCCAUCAUAACUGCCCUAUACGUCUUUAUGAACUUUUCAUAUUUGAUUGUAUUGACACCGAAUGAAAUGGUCACCUCACCAGCCGUAGCCGUUGAAUUUGGUAAACGAGUUUUUGGUCCGUUUGCAUUCGUCAUUCCGCUUGGUGUUGCAUUGGCCACAUUUGGAUGUGCUUUAAGUAUUCAAUUCAGUGUGACUAGAUUGUGUUUUGUUGCCGGGCGAGAAGGACAUUUUUUGGCUCCAAUGAGCUAUAUUCACUAUGAAAAGCUGACGCCUGGCCCUGCCGUCGCUCUUCAAGGACUCAUUUCGUUGAUAUUCAUUUUAAUGGGCGAUGUUCAUGAUUUGAUUGAAUUUGCUUCGUUUUUGAUUUGGGUAUUUUAUGGUGCUGCUGUUAUAUGCUUAUUAGUUUUGCGCAAAACACGGCCCGAUUUACCUCGACCAUAUAAAGUGCCAUUGGUUGUGCCAUUCCUCACAUUGGCCGUAGCAGUGUUCCUUUCAGUAACUCCAAUGUUUACACAACCACCAGCUAAAUAUUUGGCUGCAUUAGGUUUCAUUAUAUCCGGGCUGAUAUUUUAUGUGCCUUUCGUCUAUUAUAAAUAUCGACCGAAAUUAAUGGAUAAAUUCACAUUCCUGAUUCAAGUUUUAUUCGAAGUCAUUCCUUCCGACAAAAAAGAAUCAUAGAAUAUUGAAACAAAAACAAAAUCAACAAGCUCCAUAAAAUGUGGCGCAUAUAUUAUCGUACUCGAAAUAAUAUUUUCCUAGUCGAUUCAAAGCUGGAUAUAGAAUAUCCAUAUGUUUUUAAAUUUAAAUAGAAACAGUAUUUUAUAGAAAAUAAAUCGAAGCAUUUAUUUCAAAGUGUCGAAAA